AUGUUAGUAGAAUCUCUUGAAAACAUUUCAAACUCAGCAUUCCCCUUCGAGCUGCGAAUGCGAUUGCAAAGUUUCAUAGAGGACAGACUCAUAUUUAUAUCCUCUCAAAGCGCAUUUAUAUCUUACAAGAAUGACCUUAUAUUUGUUACUCGUCUUCUUGAUCCAUCCAUUAUUACGAAUUUUGACCAAAAUUCCCCAAAUAUUGCCGCGUAUCCCCUUGCUAGGACGAGCUGUGUACUGAAGACAUCCCAUUUAUCAGAAUGCGGUCACUUGAAAUGCAGUUGCAUAAAGCAAUAUGGAAAUUUAUCUAAUUUUGUAUCAAACGGCAAUGUUUUGGCAUUAUAUUUUACCAGCAAUUUGAUAGUCACUUACAAGCUCACAUGGUUACCCAUACGAGAUUCGUCUGAUGACAUUGGAUUGGAUUUGACAAAAAAUUUAGAAUUUAAGGCCAAAAGGGCUGCUCUAACUUGCAUUGCAUUGGAUGAUUCAGGGGAUUAUUUGGCCUGUAGUUACUUUGAUUCCACCACACUGGUCUACAAUUCCGAUAAUGUUUAUCGCAAGUUUAAUGUAAAGGAUGCUGUAUCACUCAUGAGAUUUCACGACGCAUGCUUAUUUUGUUCGUCAAAUCAAGGAGAUAUCUACAUCUACUACCUUGCUGAAAGCGUUAUAAAAUUGUUCCAAGGGCAUAAUUCCAACAUUUCCGAUUUGUGCUUCCUUUCCUUCAACAACACAAGCGGAUUUCUAUCAUCUUCUUUCGACUCUAUCGUAAACCUUUAUUCAAUGGAUCGCAACAUAAGUUUGGAAUCUUCAAAAUGUGAUCACCAAGUCCCCCUUAAGCAAUUCCUCUUUUCCAAUCCAGUAAUAGGCAUCACUGUACUGAAUACAGAGUUAUACGAAAAAAACUUCGACACCAAAUCUCCCUGGCUACUAUUAGCAGUCACCGAGAGUUAUUCAUUUGAACUUAUAGAUCCCAUAACAACUAUAACACUAAAGAAAGUAACAUCUGGAUCUAACAGUGCCAAACGUGUAUUCUUUUGCAAUAAUUUUUUUGUGGUUUUUACUAGCUCUUUUGAACUGGAAUUUUACGACAUCAAAACAUUUGACCUUCUUUACGGCAUGUGCUGCAACUUUGACAAGUGUUACUAUGCUAGAAUUCCACCCACUAACUUCGUUACAGAAAACCUAGAUUGCCCUUUUUUACUUGUACUCAAUGGAGACGAAAAGGUGCGAUUGGUGUCCACUAGUGGGUACAAUAUGCAGAUUACACUGUACAAUCAUCCAGAUGUAGUGCUUACGGCCGAUAUGUUAGGAGAAUUUAUCGCAACCGGGUCCAAGGAUGGUACGCUAAUCAUUUACAACUUAAUACAGCGCAACAAGAUUAACACAAUUUGUGCAUCGCAAAAUAGCAUCGUAUCUAUAGUACUAUUUAAGCAAACAGGAAGUGUGAAUUUUGUAACAGCAGAUCUUGAAAAUAUUGUCAAAAUAUGGUCAAAUGAUGGGACAUUAUUACACAUAACUGUGGCUCACAGUAAGACUGUGAAUCACAUCGCAAUUUCUCCAAAUCAUAAGAUCAUAGCAACUGCGAGUUCGGAUAAGAUUGUUAAACUGUUUAAUAACAAGUUGGAAUUGUUAGGUUCGUGCAAGGGUCAUUCCAAAUCAGUAAAUCAUUCCAUAUUUAUCGAAAAAGACAUGCUUCUGGUAACUGCUUCCAAUGAUACUCUUGUUAAGUGUUGGAAUGUCAAGUCUUUUGAAUGCAUAAAGACAUUUCAGGGGCACGACAAUCCGGUAUUGGUUAUUACGCAGCUCGAUGAUUAUUACAUUGCAUCAGCUGAUGUGACGGGAAUUAUCAAAAUUUGGAACCUAAGAAAUUCACUUUGUGCCCACACUCUCCAACCUCAUGCGAAUAAGAUUUGGUACAUGGGUUUGCACUCACGGUUUUUAGUGACUUGUAGCGAGGAUGACUCAAUCAUUUUGUGGAAGUACACCGAAAAUGCAAAUACAAUUCCCCCAAGCAAAGAGAGAAUUCGGGAUCAAACGGAAAUUGAUUCUCUAUUGGCAUCUAAAAACUAUGUAAAUGCCCUGUUUUUGGGCAUAAAAUUGGAUAUGCCCUCAAAGGCUCUAGAAAUCGUUACCAAAUUCUCAGAAUUCAUCAUAUUUAAUCAAUUUAGCGAUGAUAACUCAUCAACAGAUUGUUUUGUUGGUUCUAGUUUGAUUAAACCUCUGUUAAACAAAAUAAUUAAAACGCGCGGUUCUAGCGAAUUUGCCAACUUAUUAUCUUGCUUGUGCCACUUGAUAAGGGUUUGUAUUUCUAAUGCAAAGUUAUCAAACAUUGGAAAUUUAUUCCUAAGUGAACUGCUAAAGCACUGCAACUUUGACGACCUAAAUCUAGUGUCUGGUCACUUGCAAUUGGGUGACCUAGCACUGCUGCAAUCGAAGCAUUACAAUCGCAUUUUUCACAUGGCAGAGAAAGCGUGGCUACUGGAUUUGUUGGUACUAGACUGCGGAGAUUUGCAGGUUUCCAAGACAAUGCACCAUUUGAAUCGGUAG